CACGCAUCGCUCACUGCAUACCGCGGCCAAGCGCAUAGCCAGGUGCAGCGCCUUUGAAUUGUCUUAAGGGCGACAGCGUUUUAACCACGCGAUGGCCCCCCGUGGCCAGGGCAAGCGCCUGGCGCAGCUGCUUGGAACGCAGCUUAAGCAGUAUGUCUCAGAAGCUUGGAGCACCAGUAGCAACAAUGCUCAUGCUCGUGCGGCCUUGGGUGCUGGCGCGUCAAGCUUCAUGCAGCAGAGUCGCUCCAACGCCCAGGUGGCAUUGCAGGAGACGACGCAGCAGCAAUUGAAGAUCGAUGUAUCCGGGAUUCGGACCGACCUUGUGGGUGCUGUCUCGGUGGUCUCCGAGGGUGAAAAGGUGGAGCCGGGUGUCUACAAGAAUAUCGAUGGACACCGCUUCGAUGACGGUCGCUACAAGGCGUUUGUUGAGGAGAUUACAAAAUUCAUUCCAAAGGAGCGCCAAUACUCUGACCCUGUGCGUACUUUCGCCUACGGAACCGACGCAAGCUUCUACAGGCUCAAUCCCAAGCUGGUGGUCAAAGUCCACAACGAGGAGGAGGUCCGCAGGAUUCUCCCCAUCGCUGAGCGGCUUCAGGUGCCCAUCACCUUCCGUGCUGCUGGCACUUCGCUGUCUGGCCAGGCCAUCACGGACUCGGUGCUCAUUAAGCUCAGCCAUGCGGGCAAGAACUUCAGGAACUACACCGUGCAUGGCGACGGCAGCAUGGUUACCGUGGAGCCCGGCCUCAUCGGCGGCGAGGUGAACCGCAUCCUGGCAGCCCAUCAGAAGAAGCACAAGUUGCCCGUCCAGUACAAGAUCGGGCCCGACCCCUCCUCCAUCGACUCCUGCAUGAUCGGAGGCAUCGUGGCCAACAACAGCAGCGGCAUGUGCUGCGGCGUGAGCCAAAACACGUACCAUACGCUGAAGGACAUGCGGGUGGUGUUUGUGGACGGCACGGUGCUGGACACGGCGGACCCGGACAGCUGCGCCGCAUUCCUCAAGAGCCACAAGGCCCUGGUGGACGGCGUGGUGGAGCUGGCGCGGAGGGUGCAGUCGGACCGGGAGCUCACAGCGCUCAUCCGCCGCAAGUUCGCCAUCAAGUGCACCACGGGCUACUCCCUGAACGCGCUGGUUGACUUCCCGCUGGAGGACCCGCUGGAGAUCGUGAAGCACCUGGUGAUCGGCAGCGAGGGCACGCUGGGGUUCGUGUCGCGAGCCACUUACAACACGGUGCCCGAGUGGCCCAACAAGGCGUCCGCCUUCAUCGUCUUCCCGGACGUGCGCUCGGCGUGCAUGGGUGCCUCCGUGCUCCGCAACGAGACGGCGGUGGACGCGGUGGAGCUGUUCGACCGCGCCUCGCUGCGGGAGUGCGAGGCGGAUGAGAACAUGACGCGACUGGUGCCCGAUAUCAAGGGUUCCGACCCCAUGGCUGCGGCGCUGCUGAUCGAGUGCCGCGGGCAGGACGAGGCGGCGCUGCAGGCCCGCAUCGAGGAGGUGACCCGGGCGCUCACCUCCGCGGGGCUCCCCUUCGGCGCCAAGGCCUCGGAGCCGCGCCCCAUCUCCGCCUACCCCUUCCACCACGACCCCAAGAACGCCAAGAUCCUGUGGGACGUGCGCAGGGGUCUGAUCCCUAUCGUGGGCGCCGCUCGCGAGCCGGGCACCUCCAUGCUGAUCGAGGACGUGGCGUGCCCGGUUGACAAGCUGGCCGACAUGAUUCUGGACCUGAUCGAUAUGUUUGAGCGCUACGACUACAAGGACGCCUCCUGCUUCGGACAUGCGCUGGAGGGCAACCUGCACCUGGUGUUCUCGCAGGGUUUCCGCACCAAGGACGAGGUGCAGCGGUUCGCGUGCAUGAUGGAGGAGAUGUGCCACAUCGUGGCCAACAAGCACAGCGGCAGCCUCAAGGGGGAGCACGGAACGGGUCGCAACGUGGCCCCCUUUGUUGAGAUGGAGUGGGGCAACAAGGCCUAUGCCCUCAUGUGGGAGCUGAAGGCCCUCUUCGACCCAACCCACACCCUCAACCCCGGAGUCAUCCUCAACCGCGACCCCGACGCGCACAUCAAGUUCCUGAAGCCCUCGCCCGCCGCCUCGCCCAUCGUCAACCGCUGCAUUGAGUGCGGCUUUUGCGAGUCCAACUGCCCCUCGCGCGACGUAACGCUCACGCCUCGUCAGCGCAUCACCGUGUACCGGGAGAUGUACCGGCUGCGGCAGCUGGGGCCGGCGGCGAGUGAGGAGGAGAAGAAGCAGCUGGAGACCAUGUCCAAGACCUACGUGUACGACGGCGAGCAGACGUGCGCCGCGGACGGCAUGUGCCAGGAGAAGUGCCCCGUCAAGAUCAACACGGGGGACCUCAUCAAGUCUCUGCGCUCCGAGCAGCUGUCCCCCUCCUCCGCGCCCGCCUCCAGCUCGCUCGCCUCCUGGCUAGCGGGGCACUUCGGGGUGGUGGACGCAGCGGUGCCGCGGCUGCUCAACCUGGUGGACAUGGCGCACAGCCUGCUCGGCCCCAAGCCGCUGGCCUCCAUCUCCCGCGCACUCAACGCCGCCACCGGCAACCUGGUGCCCGUCUGGAACCCCUACCUGCCCAAGGGGGCGGCGCCGCUCAAGGCGCCUCCUCCCCCCGCCGUGCCCGCCCCCUCCGGCGGCAUCCCCCGCCGCGUGGUGUACCUGCCCUCCUGCGUUACCCGCAUGAUGGGGCCAGCAGCGGGCGACAAGGAGACGGCAGCGGUGCACGAGAAGGUCAUGAGCCUGUUUGCAAAGGCGGGAUACGAGGUGAUCAUCCCCGAGGGUGUGAGCAGCCAGUGCUGUGGCAUGAUGUUCAGCAGCCGCGGUUUCAAGGACUCCGCUGCCGCCAAGGGCUCGGAGCUGGAGGCGGCGCUGCUGAAGGCGUCCGAGGGCGGCAAGAUCCCCAUCGUCAUCGACACCUCGCCGUGCCUGGCGCAGGUCAAGAGCCAGAUCAGUGAGCCCUCCCUGCGCUUCGCCCUGUACGAGCCCGUGGAGUUCAUCAGGCACUUCCUGGUUGACAAGCUGGAGUGGCGCAAGGUGCGACAGCAGGUGGCCGUACACGUGCCCUGCUCGUCCAAGAAGAUGGGCAUCGAGGAGUCCUUCGCCAAGCUGGCGGGCAUGUGCGCGCACGAGGUUGUCCCCUCCGGCAUCCCCUGCUGCGGCAUGGCUGGCGACCGCGGGCUGCGCUUCCCCGAGCUGACCGCCGCCUCGCUGCAGCACCUGUCGCUGCCGGCGGGCUGCAGCGACGGCUACUCCACCAGCCGCACGUGUGAGAUGUCGCUGUCGAACCACUCGGGCAUCAACUUCAGGGGUCUGGUGUACUUGAUAGACGAGGCGACGAGCCCCAAGAAGAACGCCACGGCGUGAGAGAGAGGAGGGCUGACACACAGCGACACAUAAGACGUUUUGGCUGUACCGGUGUGGCUUGAUGCAUUUUGUUUUGCUCGAGGAAAGUCCGCCUAGGGACCUGGCAAGCCGUACUGAAAGCCCCUUUAGGGCUUUGAUAAAGGCGUGCUAUCCAUUGCUGCGUCAGUUUGAUGCCUUGUAGUAUGCUUGCUGAGAGCGUUUUGAGAGGGCCCGGGGGCCGCGGCCACUGUUGUGGGUUUUUGUGCUGAGAGCGCCACAAGUGCUCACUAUCCCCCCCGCCCCCCGCCUGGGGUUUUGAAGUGUCUCUUGACACCACCGCCUGACUGCAAAUGUGCGGUUUUGCGUUCCGCCUUUUUGCUGUGUUCAGGGCAAACGGCAGCAGGCUUCGGCUGCGAAAGUUUGUGUGUUUGCCUAGGAGUGUACGAUGUGAGCAGGCUGCGUUUGUGUGUGUGAGCGUUUGUGUUAUGCUUAUUGGUUUUCGGUAGGUCGAGGCUGUGUGGCCGUCUGGGCUGCAGCGCACACAAUACUGUUGUACCCCUCAACUCGUGAGCUCUGAAAGGGAGAAGUGGAGCCCGUAGUAGCUGUGUGUCUGGUGCUGGUUUCCUUCCUCGCGACUCGUGUAGCAAGGCGGAGGUUGAGGGGCGGGGCGGCCUACCGGAAAUACUGGGUGUGUAGGCAGUGGGGCUGCGCGUAAAGGGGUCGGGGGGUCGAGGGAUAACAUGGUUUGGACCACGGCUACUGUAAUUGUCAGGCCUGUGAUGUAGGUACGUUACGAAAACUGGCCGCAAGGUAUGUAUGUCUAUUUGCUUCAGUGGAGGUGUUGUAGACUUCGUCGUUCCAGGCAGGCUUGGAGGGUACCGUAUGGUUCAUAGGGUUGUGCGGAGUGUAUGUAGCUCAAGGAAUGAGUGCGAGGACACACUGAACGUGGUGCCACAGGAGGCACCGACGUGGGAGGGUAUCAGGCGUGGUACCGAAUUAGAGAAGCAAACAAGGCUUGGUCCACAUCCCUGCUGCGGACGAAGCUAGGGGGACCGGAGCGAGCUUUCCAUGUGUAUGUGAGUACGCUGCAAAUUGCCUAGCUAUGUAGCUUCUGCAGGACGUACCAAUUGUAUAUUGUAUGACACUGUAAGACAGUCGGAGGCGCGCACACCGGUAUCAUAGC